CUGUUUGUUGCCAACCGCACCAACAACUGCACCAACACCCUCGCACACCAACACCUUCUCAUAUCUACACCCUUCUUCUUCCAGCCUCAUCAGCUCACAGCAGCAGCAGCAGCAGCAGCAGCGCACACACCCUCCUUGCUCGCCAGCUCCUUCUUGCCCUCUCCCUCCACCCCGCUCUCACGCACGCAGACGCAUGUGAUGAGGUUGUUUCGAACGCGGAUAUCCCCGGGAGGGCAGGAAGAGCAGGAAGAUGGGGCAGUGGCAGUGACAACACCGCGCAUCGCUGGCGACGCAGACUGGGAUGAUGAUGAGGAUGGUGCCGGGAGCAAUGGCGACGAUGACGCCAGUACACAAGGGGGCCCACACAUCCCUUUGAACAGCGGCACCAUUGCGGGUGAUGGCGACGGCCACGCCGACUCCAUUCGCGCACUCGCCGUCAGCCGGUGGUGCGUGUUCACGGCCAGCGCAGACGGCACCAUCAAGGCAUGGAACCCAGAGACGCACCAGUGCGUCGGCACGCUUGUUGGGCACUCCGGUUGCGUGCGCGCCCUGGACGUGUCGGACGACGGCCGACGCCUCGUCUCAGGGUCCUUCGACAACACCGUCAAGAUCUGGGGGCUCACGCCGUCCAUCCUCUCCACCACCAUGGCGCCCGUCACAGACCCCUGCGUCAGCGUCAGUGACGAAACCUUGGCCACCAGCAACAGCAACAGCAGCAACACCAACAACAACGAUGCUCACCAGUCACAGGAACGCCGCUCCCAAGCACAUUCACAGCAGCAGCAGCAGGAGCAGGGCUCAGCGACAGCUGGCCCCUCCUCGGCGACACCGGGCCCGCGACGACGAAAGCGACGGGGUCUCCCAACCCGGCUGCUGUCACGAGCGCGGCGAACGCGACAGACCGUCAUCAGCGACCUCAAGGCAACCCUCACAGGCCACACGGGCAAGGUGUAUGCUGUCACCAUCUCCGAGGACGGCAACCAUGUGGCCAGCGCAAGCAAGGACCGCACCAUCAAGCUGUGGAACAUGAAGUACCACCACUGUGAAGCCACUUUGCAGGGCCACCGUGGCGGCGUGCGCUGCGUGCUGCUUCACGCCAUCAAAUCCACAGACCACGACACCGACGAAAGUACCGAGCGUGGUGCCACUGGUAUGCCCAUGCACCCGGGCUUAAACGUGGCGGCGGCAUCCACGGGCGCAACCCUUGAUCCCACAGCAGCGAAGCUGUUCUUCAACCAGUCCCUUGAGCAGAGCAUGCUGCUGCGCAGUGGUGCUGGUGCCGGCACAAACAACACCAGCAACAGUGGAUGUGAUGAUGACGACGAUGGCAAUGGGAGCAGCAGCAGUGGCAGCAGUAGUGUUGACAGCGAUGCGAGUGACGACGAAGAGGACACAGAUGAGAAUGACGACGACGACGACUUGGAGGGUGCCGAGGCUGCUGGGGACGGUGAGCCUGGUAUUGCAGAGGGUAAUCACUUUAUCUCCAGCAACAGCAACGUCAGCAACAGCAACACGACAAACAACGACACCAGCACAAGUAAUCUGCUGCAGAAUGCACAGCCGAUGCCAUCACGGCAGCAUGAAGACGCAACUUCGACAAGGAACAAGAAGAAGAACAAGAACAAGAAGAAGAAGAAGAAGAAAAAGCGACGGAGGAGAAGUAGCAAGCUUGCACGCCACCACCGCAAUACAUCAGGCAACAAUACAAGCGCAGCAACACCGACCACAGGAGCAGCAGCAGCAGCAACCGCGCGCGUGCAAGGUGGUGGGUUUUGCCUCCCUGGGGUGCUGAUGGUGAGCGGCAGUGAGGACUGCACCAUCAAGCUGUGGGACCUCGGCAGCAUGAUGUGCGUGGGCACGCUCACAGGCCACAACAACUACAUCAACACCGUGGCCAUCACCCCACGCGGUGACAUCCUUGCCUCUGCCUCUGGCGACAAAACCAUCCGCCUGUGGAGCGUGCCGGACCACCGCUGCCUCACCAUCCUGACGGGACACACGGACUGGGUCAACUCGCUUGCUAUCACGCAGCAGGGGCGGUACCUCGUCUCGGGUGCGUGGAACGGCAUCAUCAAGAUCUACAUUCUCGAGACGCACGACUGCCUUGCCACCUUCCAGGCGCACGCGCGCAACGUGUCUGCGCUCAAGCUGGCGCCAGACGACUCGCACAUUGUCUCUGCCAGCCGAGAUCGCACCGCCAAGGUGUGGGACCUCAAUCUUGACGAGCGCGUGUCUGUGUGGCACGGGCAUGCCGCGUGUGCCAAGUGCGCCGUCGUCUCUGCGGACGGCACGCUCCUGUGCACGGGGGGUCACGAUGCGGUGAUCAAGAUCUGGGACACGGCCACUGGGGACUGCAUUGCCACCAUCGCUGCGCACAGCGACUACGUCAACGCGCUCGCCCUCACCCGCGGCGACAUGCUGUUGGUCAGCGCGAGCGGUGACCGCACACUGCGCGUGUUCAACUUUGACACGCGUCGCUGCCUGCAGGUGCUCAAGGGGCACACGCACUUUGUUCGCGCGCUGGCCACGGCGCACAGCGGCCAGUGGGUUGUCUCCGGCAGCUGGGACCAGACGCUGCGCAUGUGGGAUCUGGACACGGGCAAGUGCCUUGCUGUUCUUGGCGGGCGUGAGGGCAAGGUGACCGCCGUCGCUGUCACACGCGACGACACCACCAUCAUCUCCGGCAGCAGCAACAACCACGUGCGGCUGUGGUCUGCGCAGAACCACGUGUGCCUUGCAUCCCUCCCCGGUCACCACUCCCGCAUCAACGCGCUCGCCGUCACCAACGACGGGCAUGUCAUAUCCGGCAGUGGCGACUGCACGAUACGCGUGUGGAAUCUCACCACCCGCAAGUGCGCGGCUGUGUUACGCGGGCACACGGACUAUGUCAACUGCCUGGUGCUGUCGCAGGACGCUGACGGGCACACGCACCUCGUCUCGGGCUCCCACGAUGGCUCGCUCAUCAUCUGGUCGCUCGAGACGCGCACGUGCGUGGCCGCGCUUGGCGGGCACACGGCGCCCGUCACCGCCGUUGUCGUCAGCAACGACGGGCGGUUUCUCUACUCCGGCAGCAAGGACAUCUCUGUGCGCGUGUGGCCCGUGGCGUCGCUGCUUGCACCGCACAGCUUCUUUGGUCUGCCCCACUUCCCGACGUUUGCCAUUGAGGGCACCAUCCAGUAUGACCGCUUUCACGCCGACGCCGCGCAGCGCAUGCGGGCGAUUCGCACGGCCCUCCACCGCUUCCCGCUCACGCUCACCUUCCACAUGCCCGACAUGGCGCACACGCCGCUCGGGUGGGCGGCCGGCAGCAGCAGCCGCCUCGACAUAUUGCACGCGCUGUUCGCCACGCCAAACCUCCCGCUGUUUGACAUUGGCGCGCGGCCGUCGCUGCUUCGCCAGGCAAUCUUCGAGGCCAAGGACGAGGAGGUGGUGCGGGCUGUGACCACCAAGAUUGUGCAGGCGGCGCGUGCGCAGGACGAAGGGGUGGAGCGACCGGAACUCCCGUCCGCUUGGCGCCUCUCCGUGAGCUCGCUGGACGAGUCGUUUACAGAGGACAUCAUCUCGUGCGUGGAGCAGUACCCGGGUGUCGCUGCCGACUUCCUGGACAAUCUUGGCCUCGUUCGCGCCAACACGGACAGCGGGUUCUCGCAGCAGCACACGCGGCUGCCUGGUCCCGAGAUGAUUGUCGCCGGCCACCACCUGCCCCAGCAGCACGACCUGUGGCACCGUCUCAAGCAGCGCGGUGUCAUGCGCAAGCUGGAGAAGCCCUCCGCGCGCGCCGUUGUCACGGAGGCGCGGGUUGUGCCCGUGCCGUACGCUGGCGGCUUUCUUCCGGACGGCCGCAGCUUUCUCGAUGCGCUCGUGGAGACGGGGCGAGCAGAGCUGUUCAACAACUACAUUGCCCGUGCCAUUGUCCGCUUCAAGUGGGAGUGUUACGGGCGUCGCACGUUCCAGCGCGGUGGGCUGUUCUAUCUGCUGUCGCUGCUGCUGGUCACCACGUUUGCGUUCCUAAUUAACCUGGAGGGCAAGGCCGUGCACACGCUGCUGACGUCCAAGAGCGGGAGCGACGUUGCGUCUGUGGUGGUGCUGCUGUUCAUGCUGGGUGUGUCCACCGCCGAGCUCUCGCGCGAAGUGGAGCAGUGGAAAAGGCUUCCAGACCGCUUGCACGACUUUUGGAACUGGCUGGAUGCGUGCAACAUCAUGUUGGUGUUUGUCGUUGGCAUCACGUACAUGAGCGGGUGGCAGCACACGCGCGCCCUGCUGGCCGUGUCCGUGUACUUGCGGUGGUUUGGAUCCCUCUACUACAUGCAGGCGUUCAAGCGAACCGGCCCGCUUGUCCGCAUGGUGCUGGUCAUCUGCUUUGACAUGCGUUUCUUCCUCAUGCUGCUUGGCAUCAGCAUCAUGGCUGCGUGGGUCGCCUUUCGCGUCCUGCUGAUACAAGGCACCGCGGGUUACGAUGAGGCGCUUGGCGACCCGGCCAACGGUCUACUUGUCAUGUUCAACAUGCUGUUGCUGGUGGACUUUGACAUUGCCACGCUUGGCGGCGAGUACGUCGUGCUUGUCCGCAUCAUCUUCCUCCUUUCCAUGAUCCUCGUGCCCGUUGUGCUGCUGAACCUGCUGAUUGCGCUCAUGUCGGACUCGUACGAGCGCAUCCAGGACCGCGCAGACAUUGAGUUCCAGCUGCUGCGCGCACGCAUCUUGCGGGAGCAGGAGGCGUUCAUGAGCGAGGCGAAGAAGAAAGACCCCCGCAUCUUCCCCAAGUGGCUGCACGUGCUGGUGCCAAAGGGCGGCGGUGUUGGGCGCCCACCGGCAACGGAGCAGUGGCUCGGCGUCUUGCAUGUGUUGCGAUCGGGUAUCGAUGCGCUCUCGGCAAAGCUGGACGGCGUGCAGCAGCAGAUGAAGCAGAACGCAGCACAGAGAUCAACAAGCAUGAACUACCAGCCACAGCAGCAAUCACAGCAGUCGCACAGCAGUGACAACUGUGAUGGCGGUGGUGGCGGCGCUUGGGGUGGGCACGUGUCUGUGAGUGCUCCCGUGGACUUUUCGCAUCGGGAGCGGACGUGGCUGGAACCAUCGGCAAGAAGGGAAACAACAGACACCGCCAUGGCCACGCUUGGCGUCGGGGACAGUAGCGGAAGACAUGGUACUGCUGGCAGCAGUGAUGAUACGGGUGGUGGUGGCACAAGAAGACAGCAGCAGCAGCAGCAGCAGGCGUUGGAAGAUCGGAUGGUGCGAUUGGAGGCCAAAUUAGAUCGCCAGCAUGAGCAGCUGCAGGCCAUUCUCACGCAGCUCGCAGCCCGUCCACAGCAGUGA